AUGGGACUUUGCUUGUCCCGACAGGAGGGACCACUGUACCAAGAAUACAAGGCAUGUCUUCCAUCCAUGCAGGGGAAGGUGGUUGCCAUCACAGGCUGCACAUCCGGCACUGGCCUCGUGUUUGCAAGGACCCUUGCACAAACAGGAGCUGAGGUCAUCAUGCUGAACAGGUCUUCAAAAAGAGCUGACGAUGCCUUGAAGGACGUGCAAGCUUUGACGUCGCAGGUGACUUUCAUUGAGUGUGACCUCAUGAGUUUUGCAAGCGUAAGGAAGGCAGCAGCUGAGCUGAACCAGAGGUUGGCAUCCAAAGGCCUUGAUGUUCUUUGCAACAAUGCAGGGGUUUCAACCCAACCGGAUCACGCCACGGUGGAUGGCUAUGAUCCCCAAAUGCAGACCAACCAUCUGUCACACUUCCUCUUGACGCAGAAAGUAUGGCCUCUACUUCUGAAGGCGGCGGAUCUUCGAGGGGAAUCUCGAGUGGUGAACCAUAGCAGUGGCUAUCGCCACGCACACAAACAGCCCUUCGACCUGAAGUACUAUGGAAAGAACGGCGGUCAGCUCGGAGGUGACGACGAAAGCUUUAUGGAGACGAUCACCUUUCAUCCGCCCGGACUUGAACGUUACUGCCACUCCAAGCUCGCCAACCUCAUCUUCACCUAUGCACUCGAUGACCGGAUUCGCCAGAAGGGUCUUAAGGUCAAGGCCCUUUGUGCCAACCCAGGCUUCACCGCCACUCGCCUAGUCGCGAACUCCGAGCGUUUGAGCUCCUGGUCGGAUUUCAUGGCCCGGCUCGCGCAGUCCGAGGAGGACGGCACUCUGGGCAUCUUGCGAUGCUCCUGCGAUCCGAGUGCCCAGUCCGGCGACUUCUUCAGCCCCGCUGGCGGUGCUUUCGCGACCGGUCCAGCAGUUGUUCUGGAUCGCGAAGAUGACAUCAUCACGCAGGAGAUGCGCGAGCAGGUUUGGAGAGCAAGUGAGGAGGCAGCCGGUGCCCUGGUUUCCUGGAACACAUUCUGGGUGGUCGUGUUUCCCUUGCUCAUCGCAGGCGUGGUCGUCCCGUGGUUUCUUGGCCAACGGAUCAUUUCGGAAGUCGUCGUUGGCCUCAUUGUCCUCUACUUGAUGAUCGAGGGCAUCAUCCUCGUGUGUUUCCCCCGCGCCUUCCAGCUCUGGGCGCUCCAGCGGCCCUGGAACUUCCUCGUUCGACUCCUCUUGCCGCCAAUUGAGAUCUUGGAUUCGAUCGGGGCCGGCGGCACCGACUUGUCCAUGUUCACGUAUCGCCAGUGGGGCGAGAAUUUGUGUGCCAGUGGACAAGUCUGGCUGGGGAGUCAUGCCGUGGUCGCGAAGGCCUUGACAAGUCCCCAGGCCAGGAGUCACUGGCUGGGCGAACACCCGCUUCUUCGGAGCGCCUUGCCGGAAGGCGACACGGGCCGCUGUGUUUUCCUCUUGAGCCUCUCCGGCAAGGCUGCCGGGGGCACGGGUGACCACGAGGCCUUCCGCAAGUGCCUGAUCGACACCUUGUUCAAUGACGCCUCCGUGAGAAGGGAGACGGAUGAUCUGUCACAGUCCUACAUCGAGCAGGCUGCGGAGGAUUUCGUGAAGAUGACUUCCUACAACUUCUAUCAUGCAUCCGAUGGUGGCAACACCAGCUUCUGGAUCAAGUACUUGCACCACGUGAUCUUUGGCAUGGACGUCCGAAAUCCUCAGGAAGUGACGGCACUCUACUCCUUCCUCUUUGGCAGCAUGGCCCUGACGCACUACCUCGAACCCUUCGGUCGCCUACCUUGCAUCUCACAGCAUAAGACCAUCGACGAGGUGGCCGAGCUCUACGAGAAGUCCCCGGCGUUUGCCAACUUCAAGGUCAAGCCAGAGUACAACAACAUGACUGCCAGAGAGCUUGCUGUUCUCAUGACCGCGAUCAUGCGCAUCGCCGGCAUCCAGGGCUCUCGCAUGUUGAUGUGGCUCUGCACCUCCGGAGAUAAGCAUGGGAAUCUCCAGACCGACGUCCGCCCGAUAUGGGACUCGCUCAACUUGGACGAUGAUGAUGAGCUCGAGAGAUUCGUCCUCGAAGUCUCCAGACUCUCCCCUCCCGUGACAAUCUCCCACCGAAUUGCCCAAGAGGACUUCUCCUGCGAGAUCAAGGGCAAGAGCUACAACUUCCCCAAGGGAACCAACGUGGCCAUCCCGAUUGUGUAUGCCAACAUUGACGAGGCAGCUUGGGGUCCCGAUGUUUGGGAGUUCAAUCACAACCGCCCCGGCCUCAAAGAGAAGCAGGUGAGCUUCAACUCCGUGAACGGCGUGGGCGAUCGCGAAUGUCCUGGCAAAGGCUUGGUGCUGAGGAGUAUGAUUCGCCUGCUUCGGGUCAUCGGCAAGAAGAGAAGGCAGCAAACCGCGGCUCAGAAUGUGUGA